UAAAAAUCUGCCAGCCGUGAGCCGCCUAUUUGUCACUAAGAAAAUUUUAAAAUCUGCAGAUGACUAAUUUGCCGUUGAAAAAUUUUCAGUAUUUUAUUUUCACUUAACUAUGUAGAAAAUCAAACGUCUAUUUAUAUAAUAGUUAAAUCAGUUAACAGCAAAGUAUGUAACAAUUAUACAAGUCACUAUUUCGUAACAAUACUGAAAACUGCGUCAUGCUUAUCCUAACAGCUGAUGACUGAUAAUUCAUUGGUCAAAUUUCUAUGGUUUUGUUAAAUAAAAAUACUACUAUAUAGAGUGGAACGACAGCGAAUAUUUCAGUUUAUCAGUGUAUACUGUAUGCGGUGGUCGCUGCUUGUUAACUUUGGCUAGAUAUUCCCUCAUAACUUCAAAUCGGUAAAGAUGUUAAAAAGUGCGUCUAAAGUUACUAUAAACACUGGUAAUGUGUUGAAUUUAAUUGACAUCAAGAAAAAAGCUGGACAGAAUGUGACUGAAGAGCUGUCGGAAAGUAUAAAACUAACACUCUCAGAGUGGGGUACACAAAACGGCCUGCCCAUACAGAAUGGAACAACAGAACCCUCACAGCAUUACAUGGUGGUGUCCACCUCAAAAGCCUCUGAAGCGGUUGUCAACAUCACCAGGCCACAUGAUGAUGUCCAAAUCAAGAUGGCUGAGGAGGAUCGCAAGAAUCUAAAGAUAGGAGUGAAGAUUUUCAUCAAUGAAGAUAGCCCAACUGCACUGUGUGAAUGUCUGGAAAAUGUAUUCACAGCCCUCCAAACCGAGUUCAUUGAGAAUGUUAUCCUUUCAUACAAUCCUGAUCACCUCCACAAGGGGGAACGUGAUGAUAAUGUCAAGACCACCUUCACGAAGGCAUCGCCUAUAUCCCUUGGAAGCACUGUUGUUCGCAAUUCCAGUACUGAAAUAGAAGCUGACAGCGACGCAGACGCAAGAAAAUGCGAGGCCAUCUUGCCUGGCAUCAAGACGUUAUGGGCUGUACUCGAAGACUAUGUUAAAAAUGGUCGUGUCCUUCAACUAGGCGUGGCAGACGUGGGCGGUGGAUGUCUGUACAAACUACACGCGUGGGCUGUUGUGAAGCCCACGAUAGCUCAGAUCAACCUCGCCUCGUGCUGCGUGGUACCGCCCAGUCUUCAUACAUUCUGCAAGGCCAAUGAUGUUCAGCUCUUAACUCACGCUGACCCUGCAGAUUUAUUAUCCGUAGCAGCACUUAAGACCCUCUCGGACGCAGGCAUCGGUUGCAACAACCUGGAUUGGUGCGCGAGGUACCAGGUUCACAUAAAGUGUAGGGGUGUACUUGCCCUUAAAGGAUAUGUUUGUAAGGCCACUGUAGGAAAACAAUAGACAAAAUAAAUUCCCUAAAAUACUUAAAUUUAAUAUAUUAAUUAGUACGUAACUACACAUUAUAUACGGUCUUAGAGUGACAUUCAGAGUCGAGAGCUAAGUAUGACCCGUAUUUUAAACAAUAUUUUUUUGACAUAUGGGAGUCACACUUAACGCUAAGUCUCGACUCUCCUUUUCUUCUUCUCAGGAUCUUUUUUGCUUGAAUUGUAAUUACAAAUAUUAAAUCAGGCUCCUAAAUUUACGGCUUGCAUCUAGAAUUGUAAACUAAGCCUAAAAUAUAAGGACUUAGCACAAAUUUCUAUAAAUUUGGGUACAAUCUGUCGACUUGGGUACAAAAUUGUAUGAAUUUGGGGACAAUCUGUCGACUUGGGUACAAAAUUGUAUGAAUUUGGGGACAAUCUGUCGACUUGGGUACAAAAUUGUAUGAAUUUGGGGACAAUCUGUCGAUUUGGGUACAAAAUUGUAUGAAAUUGGGGACAAUCUGUCGACUUGAGUACGAAAUUGUAUGAAUUUGGGGACAAUCUGAAGAUUUGGGUAUGAAAUUGCAUCAUCCUUAUCCUAGAACUUUAUGAUUUUGGUACAGAUUUUCAUAAUUGAUAAUUUGUAUAUACAAAACAGUACUAUUCCAGUUUUUUCGAGAUAAUUGUGUUUUAAUCAACUUAGAAACCCCAAAUUGGUUUUUUCUUCUGUCUUAACUUAAACAGUGUUUAUAGUAUAAGUAAUUUUUAAAAUACCGUGAUACAGUUACUUAAUUAUACUUGAGUAUACAGUUUAUAUUUUAUUGUAAAAUAAGUUAUUAAAUUUUAUAAAUAAAAAGGAAAUUAGAUGUAAGAAAUUUUUGUGAUAUUCGAUUAUCCAGUAAAAUUUAACCCGCCUUUAUAAAGUGUGGACUAAUAUCCUGCUUUGUACUUUUUAUUUUUAUAUGGUAAAAAAUUCGUAACCAUGGCAACGAACAGGGUCCUUUUAGUCCACGUUUUGUAUGGUGAUCUAUGUUUAUGUUUUGUUAGACAAAGUUUGGCACGUACUUCGCUUAGUGGGAGAUACACAAAAGUUUAGUAAUAUGGAGCCAUACUUAAUUUAAAUAAAAUAUUAAUAGGCCACCACAUACUUUAAUUUGUUGCUUUUUUUAAGGUGUCACAAAUUUCGUUUUAUAAGCGGACUCAACGAGUUUAUUUUUCUAUAGAAAGUAUUACAAAAUUAGGAUUUUUUUAGAAAAAUAUACUAUUGACAAGUAUUUAAUACGUCAUCCAAACAUCAAAUUUUUUGACAGUGAUCAAACUGACAAGCUUAUUGGUAUUGUCAUGAAGUACUUAAUGUAUAGGGAUUUAGUCCUUCAUUCCAUUAAUAAAAGAUACACCAUAUGUGACCGAAAACCCACAUAAAAUACAGUGAACUCAUCCUUGUACUUAUAUUGUAAAUGGUGCGGAAUAAAUUCAAAAAUAUAUUUAUAUUAAACGUGUUAUGAAAUGCAUUUUA